AUGCAGAAGCCGGUGACUUUGACCACCCGGGGACCAGGAUCACGGCAGCCGGAGUUUAUGGGAGAGAGAGCUCGGGGCAAGGCAGGGUAGGGUAGGGCUAUCAAAAAGCUGAUCAAGAGAUGGGAGAGAGUCAACCUUGGGGGCAGCGGGGGGUAAAAGGGGAACGACCGUCGACCGACGGCUGAAGCAACGCCGCAAGACGGAAUUGAAGAGCUGCAAGAGCCCUUCUCGACAGGCGAGGCGUGGAGGUCUCAACUGGGAACGACGUCGUAACAUGGGAACCCCGGAGGCGGUGUGA